AUGCCAUCCGCGUCGCGUGUCGUGUCGUCGUGGGUCGGUGGGCUGUCGUUGCUGGGGAUGGAUGUGGUUGAGGACAAGCGACGUGGGAUCGUUGAUGAUGGCCAAAUGAUGCGUCGGCGUUUGCCGAUGACCGUUUUAGGAAAGCGGUCAAACAGUAGUCUGUUGGAAUUCCGUUGGACUUCUGUUGGAUUUGUCCACUGGAAUUCCAUUGGCACUUGCUCGUCAUUUCCAGUGGACUGGGUGCUAGUUUGCUUCCGACGGAGUCCGCUCGGAGUCCGCUCGGAAAAGCAGUGGCAGCGUAAAGACCUCGCAUGGGCCGAGCUUUCCGGAUACACUUGGAAAACAUCCAAAGUCUCCUUGUUGACCCCUGUUGUCUCCAAGAGAUCGAAGAACAUGACAGGAACAGUAAACAGCACAAAGAAUAUCUUGAUGAAGAACUUGAGGAAAUCCAGUCUUCUUUUCCUGUGGAAGGAUUGGUUGAGGCUGAUUGUUGGUCAUUUUGAUGCAACCGAACGCCUUGUCAUCUAUGUCACCUCAGAACAGUUCCAGCAGGACUCUAUUUCCAUCAAGAUUCUGGUUGCUCCACCCACAGACUCAGCUCUGCUUCCAUGGCGUCAACUAUUCAAAAACAAUUUCCUUCCGAAAUUCGGUGCAAUCAAUGCUUUGUCCACCAUUACCAACAAAGAAAUACUUGAAUUUCUCAACAAUGGUAUAUCCAUGGCAGUCCAGGCUAGGAACCUCAUACAUCAUGCUGAACUUGCAUUGGGAUGGUUGGACAAACCUGACCUUCAAUAUGAGACAACCUGGCAAGCCCUACAGUAUUUGGCAACCAAUGCAACCAACACCACUGUCCAGGACCAUGCCACAACAAUUAUCGAGAAGCUUCAAGAAUGGAAUGGCCUCCAUAACAGUCUCUGUAAAGUCAAUGAGCGACUGCUUGGAGGCGACGAGAGGCACAUUGAAAUGACGAGUGAAAUAGCCCAUGGAAUCAGGGGAUUGUGUGGCGAACUAGGUGAACUAGAUGCCAGUGACCGUUUUUUCCUCAACUUGGAGAAUCCAUCUUUCAAUGGGACCCUCCAUUUCGAAGUGUGUCUUGCUAGCCUUCUCCCCGCCUUUACCCGCUGCAUCCCUCCUGACGACAACAACUACAAGGAGAUGAAGAUAUUGUCCAACUUGCAGGUAGCAUAUCCCCUUUCUCACCUGUUUCCGUCCUUUGACCCUCAUUUUGUUCCUUCUCAUAUGCAGGACUAUGGGCAAGUGAUUGGAGUAUCCAAACACUGCUGCCCUGCUUGCACUACUUUCCUGAGGACCUUAAUGAUAGGAAGCAAAGAUGACUUCAUGGUACAAGGCAACUUCGGCACAGUUACUGCAUGCUCUCUGCCGCCAUGGACUCCGAGUCAUAUCGUGGACCUGAUGAAUCAGAAGUUGGGACUGAUGUUGAGACAAGAUCUUGUGACCUUCAUGAAACUGGACAACACUAAUACAUGCUCGAUCCACAGGCUCAGAAGCAAUUUCUGUCCACCGUACUGA